AGGCACAUGUGCUGUGGUGAUGUGACAAUAAAAGGAACUUUGAUAUUGACUUUGACUUUAAAUGUCACACCAUUUAGAUCAAGUAACGUGAUAUAGUCUAUCUGUGAUCGAUUAAUUCGCCUUGUCAUAUGGUAAGCACAUGUGAUCUAUCAUUUCCCGUCAUGGCGACUCCUCCGAAGAGAAUUUGCUCCGGUUCUGACUUCAACAGCAGUUUUGAAAAGAGAGUUAAGAAGAUUUCUAUUGAAGGAAACAUUGCCGCAGGCAAGUCAACCUUUGUGCGGCUGUUAGAAAGAGAAUCCGAGGAAUGGGAAGUGAUCCCUGAGCCCAUUGGCAAAUGGUGCAAUGUUCAGACUGCUGAGAACGAGUAUGAGGAGCUGACCACAUCCCAGAAAAGUGGAGGCAACCUGCUGCAGAUGUUGUAUGACAAGCCCAGCCGUUGGUCUUACACCUUUCAGACCUAUGCUUGUCUAAGCCGUGUUCGUGCCCAGCUUCAGCCUCCGUCUGCCAAGCUACAACAGGCUGAGCACCCUGUCCAGUUCUACGAGCGCUCCGUCUACAGCGACAGAUAUGUUUUUGCUUCAAACCUCUUUGAGUCUGGAGACUUAAAUGAGACAGAGUUUGCGAUCUACCAAGACUUUCAUAGUUGGCUUCUCUCGCAGUUUGAGUCUGACCUUGAGCUUGAUGCCAUAAUCUAUUUGCGGGCUGAUCCUGAGAGGUGUAUGCAGCGUCUUAAAUACAGAGCUCGUGAGGAAGAGCUGGGAAUUCCUCUGGAGUACUUGGAGAAACUUCACUAUAAACAUGAGUGUUGGCUCUAUAACAGAACUACUCAGGUUGAUUUUGAGUACUUGAAGGAUCUCCCUAUUCUGGUACUGGAUGUUAACGACGACUUCAAGAAUGACAGAAUAAAGCAGCAGGCAGUGGUUGACGAGGUGAAAGAAUUCCUGUCUACACUCUAAUACAUAAUCAAACAUUGUCCAAAGUGUGUGUGUUUGUGUGAGAUUGAUGUGUUUAAUACAUUUUUAUAGUUUAUAGCCCAAACGUACUGUACCUGUUUACAGUAAUACAUGACAAAUAAUGUAUUGAAUUUCAACUGAAAUAUUUUAA